GAAUUUCUCUUCUCUCAUUCAAAGGUUACUAAUUUCGCUCGUAGAAUUUUGCCCUAUUUGCAUUAGCUGUCGACAACGUCUAAGGCAAGAAAACUUGAUUUGGAACCCUAAUCGAUUCUAGCUCCAUUGUAUCAAGAUCAAGCCCCCCUACGCCGGAUAUUAUAGCGUUUUUGGGUCAUAUUUUCUCUUAAUUAGGAUUUGCUCAUCGUUGUAGCUUUAGCGGAUCGAUUUCGAGGUGCCCUAAUUUUCUGAUUUCGUAGAAAUUGGUUGUUCUGGGAAAGAUGACGACUUUAUCCAAAAAAGAAACAUUGAAUAUGAACAAGUUUGGAUUGCAACUGAGGAAGACCCUGUCCAAGAAAGUUCUUCCUAUUGCUCCAAUACUUGGUGAAGAUGAAGAAGACAACGAUGUGGACAAGGAGAUUUCUCGUCAAGCUUCAAAGACCAAGUCUCUUAAGAAAUUUGAGGAGCAGCAUAAGAAAGCCUUGGAGGAAGACCCUUGUGCUUUUGCUUACGAUGAAGUUUAUGAUGACACGAAACAGGAAGCACCUCUUCCACGACUACAUGAACGUCAAGAGUGCAAUAAGCCUAUAUAUAACCAGCUUAUGAAGGAAAAGGCAGACCGGAGACAGAAAGAACGUGAGAUAGUUUACGAGAGAAAGCUUGCGAAAGAGAGAGCCAAAGAGCAACAUCUUUUUCCAGAUCAAGUUAAGGUUGUAACCGGUAGUUAUAAAAGGAAACUAGAGGAACGAGAUCAAUGGCUCUCAGAAGAAAGAUUGCGUGAACUUGGAGAGGAAAAAGAUGAUGUUACAAAGAAGAAGGACUUGAGUGAUUUCUACUUCAACAUUGGGAAAAAUGUGGCGUUUGGAGCUCGAGAUAUCAAAGCUAGAGAGACAGAGAGGCUCAAGGAGCAAAGAAAAGUACCGAAGCUAGAGGAGCUAAGGGAAAAGAUGAAAACAGAAUCACCAGAGAGGGUAGUGUUGCCUGACUCCAGAGAUAUUGGAUCAAGUUGUAGGAUAAUUGUGGAACUGCAAGAAGCAGAGCACGUAGCAUCUGAGGAGAAGAUGAAUUCAGAUGCCACAGAAGAGAGAGACUUAUCAAUCAAAGGGGCAGCAAAACAUGAGCCGAGAGCCACUUACCAACACUGCAAAAAUAGAAGAAUAGUUUUGCAAGUCUUGUAGAAUUCAAUAAAAUGUUACUUUUUGGUUCAAUUCUCUUUUGAUUAUCACAAAAACUAUUGUUUAGAACUAAUUUCACAAAAUUAGAUUCACACUUU